AUGAAUUUGAGCGUUCAGGAGAGGCUGCAGCAGAACCAGAGACAGCUGCAGAACUAUUUGUACGCUGGUCAUGACGUCCAGAGGAUAAACGACGGGUUUUGUCGGAGUAUGGUCGGAGUCCCGACGGGGAUGAGGCAAGAUAGUCCACGACCGGAGAUGAGGCCUCAAGUUGGACAGAUCAAGACUUCCAGAAGUCAUUCCAUGACUUGCUCUAACAGCAGUUCUGGUCGAAGUAAGAGAAUACGAACAAUAUUCACGCCGGAACAGCUGGAGCGGCUGGAAGCUGAGUUCGAGCGGCAGCAGUACAUGGUGGGCCCUGAACGCCUGUACCUUGCACACGCCCUACAACUCACUGAAGCACAGCGUCUUUGUGUCAUUGACUUACUUGACUUAAUAUCCUGUGCCCCUAGAUGGGGCAAAGGGCGUCCACUGAAGUUCUCCAUCGCGAUCUGUCUUGAGCAUCACGCUUCACCUCACUCCACGUCAUACCGAUGCUCAUCGCUUCUGCCAGUACGGUGCGACGCCAGGUUUGCCGUGGACGGCCACGCUUUCUUUUCCCUUGGGGAUUCCAAUCCAAGGCUUGCUUGGGUAUGUGGUCAGGACCCCUUCGGAGCGUGUGCCUUAUCCAUCUUCACUUGGGGCGCUUGA